UCUUCUCCUGCAUAAGAGAAGACAGUAACUCAAAGCUUGACGUUAUGAGUACAACUGUUUUGAGCUUUUGUUUCUCUGACAUCAGCCGUAAAGACUUUACUUGAAAGCGUCUUUCCAUGCAGGAUUGUAGUUGGGGGCGGAGACUCGCAGCAACAUUACAUUCUGCAUCCAGAAACUCUGAAAUAUGGACACUGCCAUGAGAACAGUCGUGAUCAUUCGAGCUCGUUCAGCUCUAUUCAUUGCAGGAUACAAGCACAACACAAAUGCAGGAAUGGGAUUGGAGAGGUGGAUGUAGUGUUUGGGCUCUGGAUCUAGGUCAUACAAACGGCUGGAGUUUACGGUGACCGUUUUGUAACGAGGGUUGGUCUUUGUUGAGACAUUGUUUUUCUGCCUGGCAGUUUUCAGAGGACCAGCGGAACACUGUUUCAGACCCAAAUCUGCUCUUGUAUCUGGGAGGGAAGUGGAGACAACAGAGUUCAGCAUGAGGAAUAACGAGGAUGCAGAGGGCUUUGAUGGCGAGGCCUCCAACACCUCGAUGAUUUCAGGAGCCAAUAGUCCGUAUCAGCCGACCACCGAGCCCGUGCAUUCCAGAAACGUGUUCAGGGCCAUCAGGUGUGACCUGGACUAUCUCAAAUCACAUUUCGGUAUUUUAAAAGUUAUCGAAGUGGUCCUGGCUCUCAUCUCUUUCAUCUUUAUUGAGACCGUAAUGAUGUGCUCGCCUUGUGCCGGCGUCUACCUCUUUGAGUUUGUCAGCUGCAGUGCCUUCGUUGUCACAGGCGUCUUGCUCCUCAUCUUCAGCCUGAACCUGCACACCAAAGUGCCGCAUGUCAACUGGAGUCUAACAGAUCUAAUCAACACUGCCACCAGCACCUUGUUCUUCUUUCUGGCUUCAGUGGUUUUGGCAGCCCUCAACCAUCAAUCUGGAGCAGAGAUUGCAGCUGUGGUUUUUGGGUUUCUGGUGAUGGGAGUAUAUGGCGUGAACACGUAUCUGGCAGUACGGAGAUGGCGUCUCGGGGACUCACGAGACGGACCCCUGCAGACCAGCGAGUACAUCCGUGCGCGCACAGCCUCGCGGGGAGAGGUGGAGUCACGGCCUGAACUACAGUAAACCACACAGACGGACCAAUAGAGACUGAGACAAGCAAAGCCCCGUCUGCAUUCCUGUCACAGUGUGUUCUUCUGUGUAUCCUCGUGACGGUGGGCAGUUAAGAUGAGCGCUUACAAACAAACAGUUGUGUGAACAGUCUGUCUGAAGUGGAACAAACUUCUGGCAUCUUCAUUAUCAUCAAGCCUCAGGCCAUCGUCAUUUGACUGUAUACUUCAAUCUUUCCACUAAUUAAGGGCUUUACCUUACCAUGAUCUGGAUGAAUAUUGACAGAAACUCACUUCACUGUGCUCCUAAACUUCUCCCAGCAGAUAACCUGAAAGAUUUUAAUAAUGCCUGCAAUAAACCACUUGAACCCCCUUCAAUUUAGCUCCAUUCCCAGUCGGCUAAUAUGAAAGGAUUGCAACUGUUUCUAAAAUGUGUCUUAUCAAAGAUCAACUGAUUUAAGUGAUCUGAAGUGGAAUGGGAAUAUGUGAGAGGGUUUAUGAACAAAAAAAGAUGGCUUUUUCUCUCUGCUAUUGUGAUCCUGUAUCCAAACACAUCUGAGAAAACUGCAGUUGGAUUGGGCCGUUUUUCUGUAGAGACGAGGUUAGAUGUUAGGAGCACCAGUAUUUAUUUUAAUGUUAAAUAUUUUUUAUAAUACCACAGCUUUGGUAGCCACAUUGUACCAAAUGUAGUAUUUCACCUCGUGAAUGUGACCCUGCGUUAAAACAGACAACAACAGCUUUCAAAUUGUGUGUGUGGGUGAAGGGGGGUGUGAGUUUAAUGUAACUUUUUAGAUACUUCCGAUUUUUAGAUACUAAAUCUUGUGUGCAUAAUCUAUUGUUUUUGUUCUUUGUGGUUGUUUCUGUACUCCACUGUGCACUCAACCCUGUCCAGUUAUCUGUAUAUAUCGAUUUAAGCAAGGGUAGAGUUUUUGAAGAAGGUGUAUAUAUUAUGUAUCUGUGUGUAUAUGACAUGACAUACAUGAAGGGUUCCUGUUUGUAUGAAUUCUUAUGACUGAUACUAACAGACUGUAUUUGAAGGAACAAGUGUACUGCAGUACAUAUGAAUGCACUUGCUAAACUGUGUAUCUUUUUUCUGUGUGCCUUAAUCGUAGAGGCUUGACUAGUCAAAACACUCAAACUCCUGGACACUAAUGUCAUGACAACAUUAGCAGAAUAACAGCUUAAGUGGAUGUGAAAUUUGAUGAACUGAUCAUUGGUAUGAAGAUGUUUUUCUAAAGUGCUUUAUUGAUCCUCUAAUGGGUCUUUUUAUAAGGAGUGUCAUGGAACGACAUUGUGGGGGGAAUGAAAUGUAUGUUUUACCACAGAUUUUAAGAUGUAGUGCAAUUGUAUGAUUUUUUUGCCCCUAGAAAACGAUCGUUCGUAGUAUUCAUUUAUUGUCAUACUUAAGUCUUACUAUCUGAAGUUCUUCAGUGAAGUCACAUAUGUUGUGGAAUAAGACAAUGUUGAAAUGAAGUAAUUUCGAGGUGUAGGCUCACAUUAUAGAGAUAUAACAACACUGUGGACUUGAAAAUGUUGAAAGACAAUCACAAGAACGAUUUACGUCUUGGUGGACUCUGCAUUAAAGUGCUAAAGUAAAUUUUUUCCUAUUUUGAAAGCAAUACUGUCUGUGUGCUUAUGCUUUAAUAAUGUGUAAAAGCUUUCACUGUGCUUUGACUAUGCUAAACUUCUUAUUGGAAGAUUUUAGCAUCUAAAUAACUCCUGAUUUUGACCAUAUGGUUUGGACUGUAUUUUCAACUCAUAAAUCAUUGAAGUAUUCCAAAAGGAACUAUGUUGACAUUUUGAGGGACUCAAAUUUUGAUAAUGAUUGUACUGUUUCUUGUUGACAUUUCCUGUAUUCAAGAAAGCAAUGUUUUAAUCAUGUAACAGUGCUAUAAAUUUGUAUUUUUGUAUUUAUAGAGUUGUGCAUAGACUUACAAAAUGCUAAUUGUUUGAAAAUAUUUGUGAUGGCAAUCUUUUCCUCAAAUAAAUGGAUUUGGAUGGACUGUU